CCCAAAUUGAUCCGCCUCGUCCAGCAUUCAAGGUCUACUCGAUGUCACCAGACUGUCGUCGUCUUCAUUCUCCUUUGGAUCUCCUCCUGCGAUAACAUCGUUCUCAUUACCGUGGUGUCAAGCCAAGUUGUACCCAGCAUCUGUGGCCAAAGUCCUCAACAGCGCCGCAGAUGCGACAAAACCAGCCGUGACGACGAUGCGACCAGAUUCGACCAGCUCUAACGAGCAUCAUACUGCAAAUUUUGACCCAAUUCAACCAGCACCCCGAAGAUCCUGAUCGCGUAUCUAGAGAUCAUGUCUAGUCUCUCGGAGACAGUAUACAACAACAGCUACGGACCCCCAGUCACCGAAAUCAACUGCGUCUAUCCGAUUUCUGGCACCUACGGUCUCCUUCCACGUCUCCUCUACUAUGUAACCUUGGUGUUCGCCAUCUUCGGUCGCAGAACAGAAUGGCUCAUCGUUGGCGCCCUCGUGAGCGCGCUCACAUACGCAGGAACUUCGGCAAUUCAUCUCAUGACUCUUAUCACCAGCAAAGCGGGAGUCUACGACUUGGAUAUCAUGGCCGCGUGGGCGGUGUUAUCUACGGGCGCGCUCGCCUAUAUUGGUAUCAUCCAUUGGAGUUCUUCGCUAAGAGGAACACGCGCCCGGGUCAUCAUGGUCGCUUGGGGGUUUUUGGUAGGCACCAGCUUGAUCUUUGGGCGGGCGGAACUGUUCGAUACGCCGAUCGACCCGCCUGAACCCGCCUGCUAUUCUCCAAAUGGGGUGCUAUUGGAGUAUCCUAUCCAAAAGUUGAUGAACCCGGACUUUGCAAACUGUUCCUACAAAUGCUUCAACAUCUCGAAGCCGAUGAGACAGAAGUCGGAGAUCAUUGCCGUACCCCACCGGAUCUUGGAUAAUUCACAAUACAGAACAUCCACCUACGUGUUGGUUGGACCGAUCCAGUUUGCUGCCUACGCGGCGCUCAGUAUGGACGUUCAGGAACACACCCCAUCGGUUUUGUGCACGAAAUUGAUCAUGAGCUACCUGAUUCAUCCGGGCCACCGGGAGCAAUUUACCAAAACAGUUUACAAGGCGAGCAUGGAACGGUGGUACGGUGGAUACUUCGCAUUGUUUGGCUACGUGCGUCGGGCGAGGUGGUCGUUGAGGAAGUUGGCGUUGUCUUCAUUCAUCAUUCCAUGGAUGAUGCUGGGGUUGGCAAUUGAUAUUCUGUGUUUGCCGCUCAUGGUGUGCAAUAUUGUGAUGAAUGAACUCGCAUUGAUGCACGGGGGUCUCCCGACGAAUGAGGCAAAUAUUGCAAUCGGCCAGUGGGGGACCAUUGUGAAUUCAGUGCUUGUCUUGAUAGCGGCCUGCAUGAACAAGGGAAUGGAGAUAUGGGACAGAAGGAAAAAGACGAAAGAGUUGGACAGUGUUGUCGACAGCGUUGUGACUGUGGUUUCUGACGACGCUGAGAGGGGCAUGGCGGACGGCGGCGGACAGGAGGUCGGAGUGGUCAAACCCGCGCUCGCCCACGUCCAGACUUUACAAGACAUGGAGGAUCUGAUGAAGCGGCCAAAGUGAAGGAAGGUCCCCUGAGAUUUUUCAGAAACCCAUUGCAGACCCUUCCGCCGCAUAGCCUUUCUAUGAGCUCCUAUCACCACCUCCAGCAGAAGAACCGAAGCUGCGAAGCAAUAUUUCGAUGAGGUCUGUUCGAGCAUUUCGGAGCAGUCGAACAUGGAAUGAGCGGCCACGAAACGAGACUUUAUGAGUCACACGCAGACAGACCGCAAGAACGAAAAGGGCGGUUCAUAUUUACACCUUACAAGGGAGAGAUAGUGGUGGACACGGAGCGGAUGUUGGCUGAGUGCAUUAGCCGCCGCCCAGCCUUGUUCUUUUACGAUAUGUCGGGUAUAGUACGGCGAG